AUGUCAAGAGCUAGUAAGAUAACGUUGGCUUCCACAAUAAUUUCAAAGGCAUUACAUCAAGGUCCUAUUAAAGAUGCUCAAAGACAACAAGAAAAGGCAUUGAGAAAGAAGUUAUUGGUCAACCAACAAGAACAUGAAAUACAACAAGAACUACGGAAACAAUACGAACAAUUACAACCUUUAAGUGGUCAAACGUUCACUGCAGAAGAGAAAAAACCAGAACCUGAACAAUCAUGA